AUGCCUUCAUCCAGUGGAUGGUCAUCAUUUUUCCAUGUCGGCGCCAAAACCUGGAGACCGAAGACUGCCGACCAAAGUUAUCUCGAAUUGGAGAGAAAAAAGUUUGCCGAGGAAGCCGAGCGAAGAGAAGCAGAAGUUAAGCAGAAAAUCGAGAUGCUCGAUGAGGUUCGCAAGCUGGAGGCGAAGACUCAAGCUCUCAAUGAGAUGGCACUAUCGGCUGAGAUUCAAACAAAGGAGCAUGAGCUGGCGAUGCGCGAACGCCAAAUGGCUGAAUCUAAACAGAUCGAAUUGGCUAAACUGGAGUUAGCAAAACGUAUGGGCAAAGAAUCCUUGAACGAGGCGGAUUUUGUUCGAAUCAGAAGAGAACGGAUGAAAGCUGAGCUUUUAACCCAACAGUCACGCGAUCAUGCUCUCCGGGAAUUGGACCGUGUCGGUGGUCAAUCUGAAAUCGAUGAACGGAUGGCCGCGCAUAUGCCCCAGCCCCCUCCGUUUAUGUCCCUGGGGGACACACCCAUGGCCGGCCCCAUCCCAAUGCCGGGAUCCAUGUCGACGGCUGGACCCAUGUCGAUACAUAAUCACAUGCCGAUGUCUGGUCCCAUGUCAAUGCCUAGCCAUAUGUUCAUGCCGGAACCUAUGUCGAUGCCUGGGCAUAUGUACAUGCCCCCUUCAGGUCCACAGCCAAAUUUCGAUUAUCACGGAGGUAUGCCCAUGGGAUCACAAGCCCGAUUGCGCGGCAGGGCAGAAAGUUUUUCAGCUUAUCCUACUGACAUGGGCCGAGGUCAAUGGGGACCACACAUUAAUAUUUUACCCGAACGUGGCCUUCGUCUCUCUGAUCACCCUGAUCAUCAGCGGAUGCACUUUUCAAGCCGCGACCCUGGGGAUUAUCCUGAUUCGAUGGCUUUGCAAAUGUCUUUACGGGCUCAGGCUGAACUGUUAUGCAGGAAGAAGCUCGCAAAUUUGGAUGUUCAAGCAAGACGAAACAAUUGGAAUCUGCAAAUUAUACGUGACCUGAGAAAACGUGAUCUGACGGAUAAACUCAGACAACGCGGAUUAGAACAGCGCCAAAUUGAAGCUGAAGCUGCCAAACUAGCUGAACGAGAUCGCCGCCUGGAUGAAGCCCAGUUGCGUGCAGAACGUGAUCGAGAAUAUCGGCUGAUGCUGAAGGAGAAGGGCUUGCAAGAACGAGAAAUCACCGACCAGCUAAGGAGAAGAGAAGUACAAGACCGACAGAUUUUAGAAAAGGAGAUGAAACGACUGGAGUGCGAAGCGUACCAUCAUGAUGUGAUGCUGGCCGAACGUGAGAUUCGGGAAGCUCUCAAGGAAGGGAAGCCCCCUCCCCUGGGAAUCGCUCGACCAUCUGCAGAGACAAUCAAGCGAGAAGGCUUGUUGGAGGACAUGUUCACUGAAUUCGGAAAGUUAAAUCCUCGCCUGCAACAGGAAAUCAUUGACAUGGAAGCUCACUACAGGCCAAACAGCGGGCUCCGCUCACGAAUGCCUAGUGUAGGCAGCCUCAAUCAUCAUCAUCCGUCUCGGGCCCCCACGCCCCAAAGCCGAGAGCAAAUUAUCGAAGAAAUGGAGAAACAAUUGCGCCGAGAAGAUCGUAGUCGAGCAAGCAUGAGGCCGGGCUCCAAAUCCAGUUUACGAGAGCAUGGUCAUGACAUAAUUUCUUUAUCAAGGCAUAAUAGCGGACAUAAAGGUAGCAGUAGUCCUGGCCCAUCGCGACUCGGAAAUCGGCCGCAAUCUCGCUGCCUAGAAACAGAUGGUCCUCCACUCAACCUUCCUCGACAGGAUUUCGAAACUGAAGGUUCCGUGCAAACUUCAGGAAGCGGUGGCUCGGGCAAUGAUGCUUCCCUGGCCGCACGCCUUCAUAGUGCAGCCUUAAACAGUGAAAUCAACGGUGGUCGCAGAUCUCGCGCCAGCAGUCGUGCAAGCCAAAUGAAUGACGACUUUUCUCUGCCCCGCCACCGCCAUAAUGUCGAUCCCAGUCCUCUAAACCCGAACGUAGGAAGACGAUCACGUGCUAGCACUGUCACUGAGCUAAUGGAGUCGGAGGUCCUGCGAGGUGGCCCACCUCAUGGAAGUUCAGACCAUGGUUGCGGCUAUAGAUCCAGAUCCAACAGCGCCGCGCAGUCCUGUGGAACAAGUCCUCAGUCCCGGAUGAUGAAUGAACGUCAAAUCAACGCAGCGCUUGGUCGUUCCCCAUCCGGAAGUAACUCCGAUUUCGUUGCUCGUGAAGAAUUUAGAACCCGUGAUUCAAGACCAUCAUCCAGGGCCAACAUGACAGGAUCAAGCUACACCGACAACAGAUAUAACGGUUUGACAGAUGAAGCGUUAUCUCAAAUUCCUACUGACGCAUUGAAGAGCUUACUGGAAAGUCAUCAAGUCGAUCGGUCGAUGAUCCCAAACGCUUCAUCGAACCUUAAAAAUAUCCGACCGGAAGACAUCGAGCAAAUGUCACCCGAGCAAAUUGAAGCAUUAUUCAGUCAGCAGCCAGCCGACCUCUAUGCGGAUAUGAGUAAUUUGAAUGUUGGAGAACGUCAAUCCCAUCCGGCAGAUGGACGCCUGGCUAAUGUUAGCAGGGGAGGUACGUCACCAUCGAGCAGCCUUCUACGACAGUCUCCGAUGGACCGUGGUCCGAUUAGUUCGUCGAGAUCGAGUAGCCGGGCAGGGAUGACAGGUACUCAUCAAUCAGGUUUAGAGCGCCGGGACUCCAGGAAUAACAGUCAUUCAACAUCGCCUCUGAACCCGUCGAAUCGUAGCUCACCUAGUAACCCCAAGUCAUUGUAUACAAUUUCAGGCAGGCAUGACAUGUAUGAAGGUCAAAAUGAUGGCGCAAGGACAUCGCCCCAAGAUGGCUAUCAUUAUCAAGCCAAAGAAGAUUCGGGUGAUGACGACAGCUUCGUCAUCACUGAAAAGCCCAAUCAGUCCGGGGCUAAAAUCAUCCAGGUUUUGGGCCACGUCGAAGCCAGCUCCAGGGAUAACUCCAAUCACUCCCAGCCGAUUGAUACUGAUCAGGCGGGGCUCAAUGACCGGGACGAGAUGCAUAAGGCAGUCAAAAAUUUGAUCGCUAAGGCUAGUCGAGAAGGGGCGAAUGGAGUUGUUUGUCUCAGAGUGAACGAUUUGCAGGAUGGAAGUUAUGUGGCUUCAGGCGAUGCGGUCAUCUUGGCUCAUGAUUAA